GUAGCGGCGGCGAUUGGGAGCCAAGCCCGGAGCAUGGCAGGGGCCGAAGCCGCUGCGGAGGCUGCGGCUGGUUUCCCCUCUUCGCCGGCUCCUCCCGCCCGCCGGGAACUUUUUUCAGCGGCCGGCGGCGGUGCUUCCCUCCGGUGGUGGUGGCAGCGACGGAGGCAGCAGCAGCGGCGGCGGCGGCGGCUCCGCUUGGCGGUGCCUCCCGGGCCGGGUCUGGGUCUGCUGGGGCUGGUUUUCUCUCGCUUCUGCUGCAGUGCCUUAGCUGAACCAAUUGUUGAUCCACAUGUGACAGCAGUUUGGGGGAAGAAGGUUGCACUGAAAUGCAUUAUUGAUGUAAAUGAAACAAUAACACAAGUUUCUUGGGAGAAGAUACAUGGUAAAAGUUCACAGACUAUUGCUGUUCAUCAUCCUGAAUAUGGAAUAUCUGUUCAAGGAGAAUACCAAGGAAGAGUGUCAUUUAAAAACUACUCGCUUACUGAUGCAACAAUCAUCUUAAAAAAUGUAAGCUUUUCUGAUGCAGGAGAAUAUAUUUGCAAGGCAGUUACAUUCCCACUUGGAAAUGCAGCAUCAUCAACAACUGUCACAGUACUAGUUGAGCCUGUUGUUAGUUUAACAAAAGGACCAGUCCCUCUAAUAGAUGGUGCAAAUCGGACAAUAGCAGCGACUUGUACAGCAGCCACUGGAAAACCAGCUGCAGAGAUUGACUGGGAAGGAGGCCUUGGUGAAAUGGAAUCCAGCUCUAUUUUGUUUCCAAAUGAAACGGUGACAGUCAUAAGUCAGUAUAUGAUUGUCCCUACAAGAUUUGCUAGAGGAAGACACAUAACUUGUAUUGUGAGGCACCCUGCUUUGGAAAAGGAGAUACGAUACCCUCAUGUGUUGGACAUACAGUAUGCCCCAGAAGUUUCUGUAACUGGCUAUGAUGGAAACUGGUUCAUUGGAAGAGAGAAUGUUCAGCUCAGAUGCAAUGCUGAUGCAAAUCCGUUACCUAUGGAAUUUAUGUGGACCAGAUUGGAUGGACAGUGGCCUGAAGGACUGCUGUCAGUCAACAAUACUCUGCAGUUCAGCAGCCCAUUGACUUACAACUACACUGGGACUUACAUCUGUAAAGUGACUAAUUCCCUUGGUCAGAGAAGUGAUCAGAAGACUAUCUACAUAUUAGAUCCUCCUACUACUACCACUCGACUGCCCACGAUUCCCUGGCAUCCUUCGACUGAUGGCACCACAGGUUUAGCAACAGAACCUAGAAUAAUAAAUUUCCCAACAUCAACCUUGCCAGCAAUGCAGGAAGACACUUGGGGUACCGUCAUCGGUAGUGCGGUGGGUGGGGCUCUCUUCCUCAUACUUGUCAGUGUCCUUGUUGGAAUUAUCUGCUAUAGGAGAAGACGGACGUUCCGUGGUGACUACUUUGCUAAGAACUACAUUCCACCAUCAGAUAUGCAAAAAGAGUCUCAAAUAGAUGUCCUUCAGUCAGAUGAUGUGGAUUCUUACCCUGACAGUGUAAAAAAAGAAAUAAAGCAUCCAAUGAACAGUUUAAUAUCUAAAGAUUAUUUAGUAGAAGACCCUGAAAAACCAGAGUGGAACAAUAUAGACAAUAUUAACAGGUACCAGGAACGUUAUGAAAGACCAAUGGAUUACUAUGAAGGUGGAACAUUGGGAAUGAAAUACAUGGGUGGUGACUGUUAUGAUGACAAUGAAGAAGACUUUGUUUCUCACAUAGAUGGCUCGGUAAUAUCUCGGAGGGAGUGGUAUGUGUAGUAACCACUGAAAGCUAAAUCUGUACCUACAGUUGAUUUCAUUGGUAAUCACUUUCAGAUUGUUUAUACUUACACAAGAAGAGGAAUAAACUUUUUGAAACUGAUUUUUUUUUGAAGGUUUUUAUAUUGUGACUUGACAAAUGGAAAUACUGAAUUUGGGGAAAUGUAUCUGAGCUGCUUUUUUCCCCCAAUGCUGUACUACUGUUUAAGAUUUGAGUUUUAGUGCAGAGUGCUUAUAUUGGUCUAUUUCAGAGGUAAAAAAGGCUAAAUUUAAAGUUGCCAUUCAGAACUGUUUCAGAAAAAGUGACUAUCUUGGCUCUCUGAUGUAAAAAGGCGUUUACCUAAGGCAGUGAGCAAACAGAAUAUCUUGGGGCAUUUGCUUGGCAGAUUAAGUGAAUUAAUGCAAGCUAGAUACCAUCCAUGGUAAACUUAAUGCUUCUGUAUAGCAAAUACUUUCCCAAUUAAAAUGAGUUACAGCAGAAUAAAAGCUUUAUUUUUAGUUUUUUCUGCACAAAAAUGAAUACCUCUUAGCAUUUUAAUGAGCCUUCUUGUAACUAUGUACUUAAAAGAAGUCAUUGCACUGAAAGUAACUGACAAGAUUUUGAGAAAUAACUGUGUAAACAGGUCAAAGUCUUGUCUUUGAAUAAGAUUUAAAACUAUUUUUUAUAGAAAUGGAUUUCUAAAGCUUACACUAGUGUGUGCGUAUAUACAUACAGCGAGGUAUUUUUGUUAGGCCCGUGACAGGAGGUCAAAACUUACUGAUGAAUACAAGGCUCUUUUUGCAAGUACACAGGGUACAAUUUUAGAGACCCAUUUCCGAAGCUUUGUAGGAAUCUUACCGUUGAAUAGGAAAGCUGGAGAAUUGGACACAACUAGGAAGAAAACUCUUAAUAGGUAUGUAAGCUGGAGGCUAAUGCAAACUUGCAUAUUUUCCCAGGUGCCAAUAACCAUUAAGCAUGCUAAGAGGUGUCAAAGCAUUUACUAGAAUUUUUAUGGCAAGAAGUUAAAACAGCGGUUUUACGCUGCUUCUGAAUAAGUUACAAUACUUGCUUUGAAGAGAGUAACUGGGGUUUCAGAUUAUAAGUAUGGGAGUGCACACCUGCAUUGCUUCUUCAUAUUGUGAAAACUCUCCCUGGUGGUGCAAUUUACAGAAUCUAUGAACUGGAGUUGAGAAAUUGUGCAGUCUCUCUUGCAGUUUUCCCUGCAAAUAAUCCAUACUGAUAUAACAACGUGGCUGUGUUGUCUAAAAUGACAUUGUAUACAGGAUAUCUUGACACCUGAAGUAGUUCUACUUUGUCUUGAGCAGGUUCACCAAAAUAAUUCUGCUGAUUAUGUAGGGGGAGGAAUGAAGUAGCUUCAUAUGACUUAAGAGAACAAUGAUAAAUUCGUAACUAGAAUGGUAAAUCCUCUGAAGUGCAAUUUGUAAAAUAUUUAGCUCAAGAAAAUGAAGCUGAUAAGGCUAUUAGUAUUUGAAACCUGAAAUGGGAGAGAUCUCUGCUGCCUUUUGAAAUAGGCUGCAUAAUUGUGGCUGCUUCAUGAGCAUUCAUGCUGGAAGUUCUUUUCUAUGCUCGUGACCUUCAGUAGCUUUCAACAUUUAGAGCUUCUCAAAAGUAGUUGCAUUGAGCUUUGUAGACAAGACACUGUGAUUGCAUAUGACUGCAUGUUUUUAAAAAAAAAAAAAAUUAAGACAGUGGCUUUAUUUGAAAUUCAAAUGGAAAAGCACCCCUAAACAACUCAAGUUCCUUUGGAUUAGUGGAGUACUGAUACAGGAUUGACCAAAGUCUGAAGAACAAUUGCAAAUGAGGUUGUGUGUAUCUAUAGUUAGAGUGUAAACACUAAGGAAGGAGUUAAAUUUCUAGCAGAAGGUUGUAAUCCAAAUUAUUCUGGAAUAGAGAGCUCAUACCUCUCUUCAAAUAAAAAUACUUGAUAUAUCAUCUUUAAAAGAUGGUGUUACCUGGAAAUAAAUAUAACCAUAAACCUGUUCUCCACAUGGGAUAUCUUGCUUUUGUCUCUGUGGAUUUUUUGUUUUGAUUUUUAGAAAAAUAUAUAUAUUUAAUUCCUAUUGGUUAAGAAGUUGAAAUGUUUUGAAGUUGAUAAUAGAGAUAGGUCUUACGUGUGUUGCAAUGUUUUGUACAUUAUGUCUGCUGUAAAAAGAAUUGAUUGUAAGUACAAAUGGCUGUUGUGUGAAUAAAAUUUUUGUUAACAUUCU